UUCCCUAAUGUUUGCCAUAAAAUUAGUCUCAUUCAUUUCGUGUCAUCUAACUGUCACAUAUAUCAAUACAAUUUUCCUUUUAACUAUAAAUUUCACCAUCAACUAUUUCCUCAUACACUUGGAACAAAUAAUUUUUUCUCAACAAUGGCUUCUUCAUCUAGAGAGCUUCAUUUUCUAUUGAUACCUUUAAUGUCUCAAAGCCAUAUUAUACCAUUAACAGACUUUGCAAAAUUACUAGCCCUUCAUGGAGUCAAUGUCUCCAUUAUCACAACACCUCUCAAUGCCCAAAAAUACAAAUCUAUAAUCACUCAUGCUAGAAAAACCAAUUUAAAAAUCCAACUAAUUCCUCUUCAUUUCCCAAGCCAAGAAGUUGGAUUGCCUCAAGGAUGUGAAAACUUGGACACACUUAGUUCACCUGAGUUGUUUAAAGAUUUCUUUUUGGCUAGUGGGAUGAUGCAAGAACCACUAGAGAAAUUGAUUCAAGAUUUGGAACCAAAGCCAAGUUGUAUCAUUUCCACUAGUCCUCUCACUUGGACUCAACAAGUUGCCAAUAAGUUCAAGAUUCCAAGGUAUGUUUUUGAUACAAUUUCAUGUUUCACCCUCUAUUGUUCUCACAUACUAAACCAGACAAAAAUACAAGAGACCCUUGUGUUGGAUUCUGAUUCAUUCUUGGUCCCUAAUGUACCACACAAGAUUGAGUUCACAAAAGCUCAAUUGCCUUUUGAUUCAAGAAAGCAAUCUUCUCAAGAUAUGGAGAGUAUUUUGGACCAAAUUAAAAAGUCCCAAUAUUUGGCAAGAGGUACUUUGAUCAAUACUUUUGAGGAGUUGGAGCCUUGGUAUGUUGAUGCAUACAAGAAAGUUGUGAACAAAGUUUUUUGUAUUGGUCCAGUAUCAUUGUGUAACAAAGAAAUGGAUGAAAUGGUUGAUAGAGGAAACAAGGCAUCAAUUGAUGAGCAUUGUGAUUAUUUGAAUUGGCUUGAUUCUAUAAAGCCAAAAUCAGUCAUUUAUGCUUGUUUUGGUAGCCUUUGUCACAUUUCAUAUUUGCAAAUGAAGGAAAUUGGUUUAGGCUUGGAGUCAUCAAACGUGCCUUUCAUUUGGAUAAUCAGAGGACUAAAUUUUACACCACAAGUCGAAAAAUGGCUAAGGGAUGAAAAUUUCGAAGAGAGGGUUAAAGGAAGAGGGAUUAUUAUUCGAGGAUGGGCCCCACAAGUUAUGAUAUUAUCUCAUCCAUCCAUCGGAGGGUUCCUGACGCACUGUGGAUGGAAUUCGACUUUAGAAGGAAUUUCCUGUGGCGUACCAAUGAUUACUUUUCCUAUGUUUGCCGAGCAAUUUUACAAUGAGAAAUUCAUCGUAAAUGUUCUCAAGGUUGGGGUUCGAGUUGGGGUUGAAGUAAGUAUUAACUCUUGGAAUGAAGAGAAGAAUGGAGUGUUAGUUAACAUGGAUCAAGUCAAAAAAGCAAUAGAUCAACUAAUGGAUAAAGGAUUAGAGGGUGAAGAAAGAAGAAAAACAGCAAAUGAGCUAGCACACAUGUCAAAGAAGGCAAUACAAGAAGAGGGUUCUUCAUAUUUGAAUAUCAAAUUAUUGAUUGAAGAUGUGAUGCAAGUACUCAAGAAUAAAGUGUAAGGAAGCCAAUAAUGUGACUAGGACCAUGUAAAGUUUGAGGGUAAAACCCAAAGACCUGAGAAAUUAUUACAUCCUAAAGCAGUUAAGACUCAAAGCAAAAAAUCAACUGAAUAUUUCUACUACAAAUUUGGGUAGUUCUCUCUUUCAGAAAAUUUCUUCU